GAGAUUCCUUUCCACCACUUUGCACACCUGUUCCGCCCCACCCUCCGUAUUAGGCCCCACAGGCUUCAACGAAAACAACUAUUUUUGACUGUCAUGUCUGCCUGGGCCUACUCUUCCCUUGCACACCGGCUUAUCUGGCAUUGGCCCCAAUUGGCAGAUGAGCAGUCUGGCCCUGGUAGUAAUGGAGGACGACAGCGAGAGGCUGGAGGAGGAGGAGGCCAUGUUCUUACAGUCCUAUGGGUUCAUCAGAAAGUAUCUCAGAUGUUUUCAAAAGGCCAUUCAAAAUUCUCCUUUGUGCAUUUGGUAUCUCUUCAUAAGGAAGAAAACUAGACCUUUCCUAUUUUUCAGGAUACUCCUACUGGUAUUUUUCUUUUGUUUUGUGUUUUCUCAAUUGUUCACAUCUGGGAAUAAAGGCCAGAGAUUGUUUGCCCGGGCCUCGAAGAUACUGGCCAAUGAAGACCAAGAGAUCAUUGUAUUGAAUAGAACUUCUCCGGCCAGGUGGCACCCCCUGGUGACCCCAUACCCAUAUCCUUACAAGUUUUUAAUGAAUGCUCCAGAGAAGUGUCAGAGGAGGAACCCGUUCCUAGUUCUCCUGGUGACUGGCGAGUGUCAUGAUGUGAAAGCUAGAGAUACAAUCCGGAAGACUUGGGGGAACGAAGACAACUAUGGAGACGUUGUGGUCAUGAAGAUCUUUUUGGUUGGCAUCUCUCCCAUUCUGACUGAUGCCAUGCAGCAGCUUCUCAAAGAGGAAAAUGCCAUUUAUGGGGACAUUGUUCAGCAGGAUUUUCUGGAUACCUAUAGUAAUCUAACCCUAAAAACUUUAAUGGGAAUGGAGUGGGUAACAAAAUUCUGCCCGAAUGCCUCCUAUGUAAUGAAGGUGGACAAUGAUGUUUUUGUCAAUGUCCCCUAUCUGAUCCACCAACUUCUCCACCCAGAACGUCCACCUCUUACAAACUAUGUAACAGGGUUCAUAGUGGAAAAUAGCUCGCCUAACAGACACAACUAUAGUAAAUGGUACCUACCCGAAGAAAUCUACCCUUCAAAAAUAUUCCCGCCAUAUCUUUCCGGCCCCGGAUACGUACUCUCUGGUGACAUGGCCAAGAAGAUCUAUGAUGUGGCACAAGAGAUUUUAGUGUUCAGUAUAGAAGAUGCAUUUAUAGGGGUUUGCUUAUACAAAAUGAAAAUUACGAUAACGCCGCCUCCAAAAAAUGUUUUCCAUGGGCUGAGUAUAGCCUACGAUUACAAAGUCUUCAGUGGCCUGGUCAUGGUCCACCAUUAUAAGAAUGAAGAUUUGUUGAUCGUGUGGUCGCAGUUCUGGAAUGGGAGCUAUAGUGGUGAGGGAAUCAAGACCACCACUGUCCAUUAACCCUACUAGGGUCCCUACUGUCUAUGAGCCAGAGCGGAGGGCCACCAUAUACGAGUGGCUUCUACUUUGGCUUAUCUAGCCUAUCCUUGUACUUUACAGUCAGCAAGUUUACU